CGCACCUUGGUUCAAGAUGGCCGACACACUUACAGACGAGCAAAUUGCAGAGUUCAAAGAAGCUUUUGCCCUCUUCGACAAAGAUGGCGACGGCACUAUCACAACCAAAGAGCUUGGAACCGUGAUGCGUUCCCUCGGGCAGAACCCUACAGAAGCCGAGCUUCAAGACAUGAUCAAUGAGGUCGACGCCGACGGGAACGGCACGAUCGACUUUCCUGAGUUCCUAAACCUCAUGGCUCGUAAGAUGAAAGAUACCGACUCCGAAGAAGAGCUCAAGGAGGCAUUCAAAGUGUUCGACAAGGACGGCAACGGCUUCAUCUCCGCUGCGGAACUUCGUCACGUCAUGACUAACCUUGGGGAAAAACUCACUGAUGAGGAGGUGGACGAGAUGAUCCGCGAAGCUGACGUUGAUGGCGACGGCCAAGUUAACUACGAUGAAUUCGUGAAGAUGAUGAUGGCGAAGUAGGCUGCGUCGUUUCCUUGUGAAGGGUUCACUGUGCAGCUUUCGCGUUUUUUACUGUUCCCGGCAAACGGGUCAACUUCGCGUCGAAAGUUAAUUGCUCAGCCCGGUCCUUCCGAGCAUGAAGUUCUUUUCGUGAAGUGUAGAUUUUGCAAGCCGGACGAAUCGUGUUUACAUGUUAGUUUAUCCUUUCUUACAGGUCGGUGCGAGUCGUGAGGAUAAGUCAUCGCGAGGCUUUUGUCGGUUUUUCACACUCGAGUCGGCGGCAACAAUUCGAACUUUACAAUACGUUAGGUAGUCCUCUACGUAAUUCGAAAAAAGCCACGUAAAAAACGU